AUGUCGCUCGCGAACGAGCCCGAGCAGAAGCUCGUCCAAGAGCUCGAGGGGAAGCUGAAGCACGUCGCUGACUCGGUCGCCGCCAUUCGCCGCAAGUCCUCUGAGCAGCGCCGCAACAUGACCUUGGGCGACAUCCUCAACGAGUGCGUCGCCAAGAAGGAAAAGGUGGCCGACGACUUCCUCGACGCUGUCCUCUCUCUGCAGCUCUACGAGCACCCCAACGGCAAAAACGUCAACCAGGUCGACGUCGUCAAGAUGCUGACCGGCGCCGAGCCAGCUCUCCGCGACAACCGCUUCCGCACCGCGCUCAACGCCCUCAUCUCGUUCUUGAAGGAGUGGGAGAAGCUCGACGCGUCCGAGGCCGCCUUCAAGAAGCUGCACGAGUUCGACCAGCUCGAGGCCAUCCACAAGCAGCUCUUGGGCCAGCUCAUCGAGGCGCACGGUCCUGCUGCUGCCCUUUCCGUCCUCGAGGUCAAGAUCGAGCGACUUUACGCCGGCACCGCCGGCGAGCGCGAGUUCGUGGACGCGAUGCGUGCCAGCAUCGACGGCUCCGCUACGGCCGAGAAGCAGGCUCCGAGACUGCAGAAGGCGUACAAGGCCGAGCCUGCGGGCUCGGAGCAGCGCGACCGCCUCAAGAACGGUUGGCGCAUAGCUCAAGGGCUCGAGGGGCUGUACCUGGACACGAGCACGGCAAGGCCCUACGCUGUGCUCCGCGAGCGCAUCCAGCCUUACCGCAGGUACCUCAUGAAGAACCACAAGGACGUCCUGAAGGAGAGCCGGGUCAAGAUGGUGAGCCGCAUGGGCGGCAACGACACGUCCUCGAGCACGGCGCCGAUCCAGGAAGCGAGCAUGGGCCACCUGUCGCUCCGCCAGCGCCACAUCUACUUUGGCCGUCACAGGCGCGACGGACACUGGUAG